AUGAUGAGCCGUAACCCAGCUGCCGGUUUGGAAAACACGCUUUUCCAACUCAAGUUCACAUCCAAGCAGCUCAACAAGCAAGCGCAGAAGGCUGCGAGAGAGGAGAAGCAGGAGGCCAACAAACUGAAGAAGGCGUUGAACGAAAGCGAGGAGAUCGCACGGUUGUACGCGUCGAACUCGGUGCGCAAGCGCAACGAGCGCCUGCAGCUGCUGAAGCUGGCCUCGCGAGUCGACUCGGUCGCGUCGCGUGUGCAGACCGCCGUGACCAUGCGGCAGGUCUCCGGAAGCAUGGCGCAGGUCUGCCGCGGCAUGGACAAGGCGCUGCAGAGCAUGAACCUGCAGCAGAUAACCAUGAUUAUGGACAAGUUCGAGCAGCAGUUCGAGGACCUGGACGCCAGCGUUAACGUGUACGAAGACAUGGGUGCCAACACGGACGCCGUGGUGGUCGACAACGACCGGGUGGACGAGCUGCUCAGCAAGGUUGCGGACGAGAACGGGCUUGAGUUAAAGCAGUCCGCUGCGCUGAAAGACGUUGCGGAGGUUUCCCCCGCCACGGAGAGCGCCGCCGACGAGAAAGAACAGCGACUGGCCCAGCGCCUCAAGGCCCUGCGAGGAUAG